GUGACUCUGAGCGUGGAGAUAAGGCGCAAGAGAGAGAGAGCGAAAACGAAAGAGAAGCAACUAGCACUUCUUCUCCCCUUUCCGUCUCCCUGCUCCUUGUCACUCCAUCCUUCUUCCCCUCUCUCGGACCAGCUUUGACGCAGGACCAGCAACCCCCAACCCCCAUCCCCCCCACCCUCCUACCACCCAGACCGCCCCAGGACCCUUUGACUCUCCUCACUUCUGUCCCACAAACUGCCACUUUAAACAAGAAUCUCCUCUCCUCAUUGUCCCCCGCCCCCAUGGGCCGUGUCGUCUGCAGAACAGCUCAACUUCCCAAAAUACACUGACUCUUGUUCCAUUUUGAACCUGACUGAAGAAAGCAUACCAAAACGUCAGCAUGGGCUUCUGAUCAACUUGAAAAAAGGAAGUCAAACAGCUGAUGGACUGAGCUGUGUUUAAGUGUGAUCUCUCUGCCUCAACUCUGCUGUCCUUUAUGACCUCGGAAAACAUCACCCACAGAAAUUUUGGUGCCUAGCUGGCUGGCACCCCAUCAUAUUCCAUCUCCUUUUGAGGACCCCCAUUCCGGCAUCAUCAUCCGGUCUCACCUUCUCCUGCCAUGGAGUCAACCCAAAUCCAGUCGGAGGGUGGCCUCAAUGUCACCCUCACCAUCCGUCUCCUCAUGCAUGGAAAAGAAGUGGGAAGCAUAAUUGGAAAGAAAGGGGAAACAGUGAAAAAGAUGCGUGAAGAGAGUGGAGCACGAAUCAACAUCUCCGAAGGCAACUGCCCAGAGAGGAUAGUUACCAUCACUGGACCAACAGACACGAUCUUCAAGGCUUUUGCCAUGAUUGCUUAUAAAUUCGAGGAGGAUAUCAUCAAUUCCAUGAGCAAUAGCUCGGCAACCAGCAAGCCUCCAGUCACCUUAAGGCUUGUGGUGCCAGCCAGCCAGUGUGGCUCUCUCAUAGGAAAAGGGGGUUCCAAAAUAAAAGAAAUGAGAGAGUCCACAGGGGCGCAAGUUCAGGUGGCAGGGGACAUGCUCCCCAACUCGACAGAGCGUGCCGUGACAAUCUCCGGGACCCCAGAAGCCAUCAUCCAGUGUGUCAAACAGAUCUGUGUCGUCAUGCUGGAGUCUCCACCUAAAGGUGCCACGAUCCCCUAUCGCCCGAAGCCUGCUUCCACCCCUGUCAUUUUUUCAGGGGGCCAGGCUUACACAAUUCAGGGACAGUAUGCCAUUCCACACCCAGAUCAGCUGACCAAGCUCCACCAGCUGGCUAUGCAGCAAACCCCCUUUACCCCUCUCGGACAGACCACCCCCGCUUUCCCUGGUUUGGAUCCGAGUCCACCGGCCAGCACCCAUGAGCUCACCAUUCCUAAUGAUCUCAUAGGCUGCAUCAUUGGACGCCAAGGAACCAAAAUCAACGAGAUCCGACAAAUGUCGGGGGCACAGAUCAAAAUUGCAAACGCCAUCGAAGGCUCAUCCGAGCGUCAGAUCACCAUCACCGGGACGCCUGCUAACAUCAGCCUCGCCCAGUAUCUCAUCAAUGCCAGGUUGACAUCUGAAGUCACCGGAAUGGCCACACUCUAAUUUCUACCCAUCUUCCCUCUGUGCAUCACAUGGCAUACCUUGAGAUAAUGUUACUGUACCGUGUUGAUUUACUACUCUGUGUUAGAUCGUCUUGAUAUUUAAGUGAUGUCAACAUUUGCUGUGAAUACAGUUAUUCACCCCUAUCUCCAAUCACUUUUGUUUGGUCCUUGAAACUGUUUUGUUUUGUAAUUUACUUUCCUUAUAUAACUUUCGUAAUAACCAACUACAUUUUAGCAGUUCUAUUCAGACUUUUUUUGUUCUGGGUUUGCAAUUAAAAAAUAUUUUUACUGGAUUUACUGUAUAUAUUAUAAUUUGAAAAAGAAAACAAAGCAUAGGGAUUGUUCUUUUUUGGUUUGUUUGUUUUAACUUUUCUAUUUAGUUUUGCAAACUUUAAAAUGGGUCCGUUUGACCCACAACAUAACAUGAGGGUUAAAUGACACCUGUCAAGUGGAGACAGAACUCUAAAUGCAUGCCAACAAAGAAUUUGUUCACCCAAUAACACACUGAGUCAUGUUACUAAUGUUGAAAUCGACGUACAUGAGAAACUGCAAAGACAAGGGCUGGUGUACAUUUAGAGAAUUAGUUCUGGUGUCAAAAGACAAGAAAAGUCAAAAGAAGAAAAAAAAUAUUUCUUACUAGUUUCUUUUUAACAAAUUCAAGUGAAUAUACUGUAGAUCGAAUAAAAGACUGACAUAACAUAUCUAGUAUGUGCGGACUCCAUGAGUGGCUGAAAAAUACAGGUAUAUACAAACAUACCUGUAAGUUUAAAUCCAUAUUUGGGACUAAACGAUUAAACAGAACACUAACAAUUAAUCGGAUUGAGGUUAUGUUGCACACAGUAGUUAUUGCUACUUUUUAGAAAUCUUUUUAAAUCCAUGAGGCUGGAUUUACAAUGCAGGUCCAAGUGCCCAAUUCCAACUUAAUGUCUACUGUGUAUACAGUUUUUAAAUACACUUUGUAUACUGUAUAAAUAUCAAGUGACACUUUUACGAUAUGAACGUGUUUACAGUCAGACGACUUAUAAAAUAACCUGCAUGCUCAGAUCCCUAAAUUUCCCAGAAAUAACUCCACAAGUGUCAACUCCGGGCAGCAACAAGGCAGAAGUAAAGAAUAAUACAUAAAUGAUAAAAAUAUUUAACAUUAUAUACUGUUUCGCUGGCCUGGACUAACCUAGAAUGACCAUUAUUGGAAAAUAUUUUCCUUAUUUAUUGCUCACUGUAUCUAUAAUGUUGCAUAGUAGUCUGUGCUUUUUCUGUUGUUCAGAUUUACACGUGGUGAUUUUUUUUUUGGGCAUACACAGGUGUAUUAACGUCACCGAUUGAAGAGGUUUAUCCGAUUUGUGCAUUUACUGUAUGUUGCAGCCGCAUCGGCAGACAUCUGAUAACAAUCAAAUUGGUGUCAUACACAUUAUGAGCCAGCCUGAUUCCAAUCUGAAGAUCACCGGCGUUUUAUUCAUGACGCAUAUCCCAACUGUGCCACUUGAGAGAACAAAAAUAAAUAAAUCAGAAUCAGGUCACUUGUACCAUACAGUGUAAAUUCAGUCUUAUACGACAAGAGAUUAUAUUAUUGCAAUGAUGUAAAGGCCCGUGGCUUUGUCACUGCACUUUUGGCUCAAGUAAUUUAUAGGUUAUUUGUCAUAUUCUCACCUCAAACCCAUAGGGGGCAGCAUGUAGCAGAUCAGGAAGUUUCUAUUGUAAAUUCCUCCUUUCGCUUCAAAAAUACUAAACUGCUCUCUGUGUGCGUUAAGGAUGAGACUCUGCAAUCAGCAGUGAAUUUAAGCUAAAAUUUCAAAGGAAGUGACCGUGUUACAGACGAGAUGCAAUUAAAUGUAGCAGUACGUGUCGCUCAAAAGCGAGUGGUGUGAGAUAAUCUUUUGUCUGGGUAAUUAUCUUUGACAGACAGAGCGAAUGGUAAAGGUGCUGAAGCAACACCUUGGUAACCUUUGUCCCUUUUACACCCACUGCCAUCAGGUCAAGAUCUCUGGGGACAUGGAGAAUAGAAUAGAAGGGAGAUACAGUACAACGGGUAGCUUUCACUCUACAUUAACCCAGCCAUAAAUUGCACCUUUACAAUGUUUUGUGAGGAUCGUGUUUCAAAGUUCAAGUAAACCUGUGAAAUGCACACAGGUACGGUGUACAUUUUAGGACAUCAUGGCCAGGUUUCAGAUGUGACACUGUCAAGUUGCUUUUAGUUCACCCUAACCCUACAGCAGCAUGUAUAAGCUUAAACGUAACCAGGUGCCAUGAAUGUGUUUGUUUGUUCAUGAAAUUGCACCAUUGACUGGCAAAACAUCAACCAUACUAUCAACCAUCAGACAACAUGGCCUUAGAAAAAAUGCUUCCUGAGAGGAAUAGCUUCAAUCGCUAAAUAUGUUAGACAUCCAGUUAGAUGGCAGACAGGUCAUGAUUGUGGCGGAAAGGCCUUAGGCUGGAAGCAAAGAUUCUGGGACAAGCGGGUUAGGACAGUGAUUUCCAACCUUUAUGGAGCAAAGGCAUAUAUUUUACAAUUAGAAACUCUUACGGCACACCAACAAACAAAAAUGUCACAAAAAGUAGAUGCACAGUAAUUACUGUAUGGACUUCCUGCCAUCUAAUAGAAGAGCAUUUAUUUAUUCUGUCUGCCUCGCUGGCAUAUAUAUAGAGGAAAAAGGAUACAUUAUUUCUUGUAAAUGAAUAAUUUUUUGAACAGUUAAGUAAAAUUUUAUAAUUUCCCUGAAGAUCGCUCAUGGCACACUAAUGUGCCAUGGCACACUGGUUGGAAAUCACUGGGUUAGGAGGAAUCCGGGUGCAGAGUACAGGCAGGCAGGGAACGGGUUCCAAACCGGGAGUGCCAGAUGUGAGUGGGUAACAAGAUGGGAAUAGAAGAUUUACUGGUCAAAACAUAUAGUCACAAUACAAACUAUUAUUGGGAUUAUAAAGUGACUGGAUGCAACAAAUUGAACAAAAGUUGUUGUUUAACUCUGGCAACAUGGUGAAGUCCAAAGCCAGUUCAAGAGCAGGCGGCUACUAAUCAUUAGGAUAAUGUGCAGCAGCUGGUUGACUCCAACACGCCUUUGUCCAAACUUGCAAUCAAUUUGUCAAUCUCAAACUCUCUCUCAAUCUUUCAAUCUCAAACUCUUUCAAUUGUUUGAACUCAAACUCUCUCUCUGUAUCUCUCUCUCUCUGUGUGUCUGUCUCUCUCUCUCUUUCCCCCCCUUUCUCUCUUUAGUUAUCUCUCACUCUCUGGCUUUCUCUUGCUCUUUCAGAAUGACAGGGGAAAGGGCCAGAGGUCAGGUUGCAGAGACAGCAGACCUGACAAAAUACUUCUGUAGGAGUAAACCCUAAUCUUAACCCUAACCCUCAAUUCCAUAAACAUUGAAAAUAUAUUGUUGACACCUGGUGAUUGUAAAGCUGAUGUCUGAUACCAGUUGCUGGGCAGAUGUGCUCCUGAGAUCUGUUGUAUUUCUUUCCAUUUUACAACUCAGGGUGUCCCAAAAUGUGCACCGUACACAGGUCGUCUUGACACUUUAGUCAGUGUGACCAGUUUGCAAAGAUCUUUGUUGCCUUUGCUCAUGCUUUCAUGUAUGGCAAGGUUGUUUGUGAAAAUGUGUCAUAUGAUCAUGUUUUUUAACAUCUGUGUGGAUGUCUAUUUAUUGAGGUUGACAUUGGAUUGUUUUGUAAACAGAGAAUAAAGUUU